GAUCGCCUACAGUCGUCGCCGCUGCUUCCCCUAGUCCGCAUCAAAGCAGUUUAUGGCUUCUGGAUAUACAUACAAGGCUUGGUGCAUGAUUUUGAAAAGUGACUAUCUCGGACUUGAUUGAUGUGGACUAGAGGCAUAAAAAUAUGGCGCAUUCGCUUACUAUGCCUAAUUGUAUUUCUUUCCUCAAUAUUGUCUUCCUUAUGCGUGAUCAACUACAACUAGUUGACGAAAUAAUAUUUUUGUGCCGGACUCAUUUGGUGUGGGUGCUUGUAGUUUUCCACUUCCUGCUAGAAUUACGAAUCUAGUGAAGAUUCUCAGAGCACAGAAAAAAAAUAGCCGACUAGUUUCGUCGGCCAUUCGUCCCCAGAAUCCAAUGCGAUUCUUUGCGUUUUAGUAUAUCUUAGCGGGGCCUCCCAGAGCAAGAACCUGAAACAGCCCCGCCAAAGCAAGACUUCUGAAACAGCCCUGGCAGAGCAACUCAGCCGAAACAAACCCCGCCAGGGCAAGGCUUCUGAAACAGCCCUGCCAGAGCCGCCAAAGCAAGACUACUGGAACAGCCUCGCAGGGGCAGCGCAUCCGAAACAGCUCUGCCAGAAGAGACUUCCGAAACAGCCUAAGUACCCCGGGUAGCCCAUCCGAAACAAGCCUGCCAGAGCAAGACUUCUGAAACAGCCCCGCCAGAACCGCCAGGGCAAGAAAACUCCUGAAAAAGCCCCGCUAAAACAAGACUCCUGAAACAGCCCCCCGCCAGGACAGCUCAUUUGCAACAGCCUUACCAGGGAAAGUUUUCCGAAACAGCCUACCUACGCGCCGCUACUCAGGGCAGCCAAUCUGAAACAAGUCCGCCAGAGCAAGACUUCUGAAACAAGUCAGCCAGGAUCAGACUUCUGAAACAAGCCCGCCGAAAUUCCUGAAACAACCCCGCCAGAGGCAGACUCCUGAAACAGCCCCGCCAGGGCAGCCAAUCUGAAACAGCCCUACAGCCUGCCUAGGGCAGCUCACCUGAAACAAGCGGGCCAGAGCGAGGCACUUGAAGCAAGCUAGCCAGAGCAAGACUUCUGAAACGGGCUAGCCCGCCACCCAGUCCCAGAGCAAGACUCCUGAAACAGCCCCGCCAAAGCAAGACUUCUGAAACAACCCCGCCAAAGCAAGACUUCUGAAACAAGUCAGCCGCAGCCAGGACAGGCUGAGACUUCUGAAACAAGCCCGCCAGGGCAGGACUUGCGAAGCAGCCCAGACCAAGACGGACCUUUGAAACAGCGCCGCCAAGAAAGCUCAUCUGAAAAAGCCCCGCCAGAACAACGCCCCUGAAGCAGCUCCGCCAGAAGAAGCUGCCGGAGACGGCUGCUUUCCAAAAACAGCCACUCUGGAACAGGCCCACCAGGCCAAGACUUCUGAAACAAGCCAGCCAGGGCUCUACUUCUGAAACAAGCCCGCCAGAACACCGCGAGACUUCUGAAACAGCCCUGCGAGAGCAGCGCAGCUGAAACAGGCCCGCCAGAACAACUCUGCUGUAGCAGCUUGCCUAGGUAGACCAGCCACUCACUCUGAAGCUAGCCCGCCAGACUUCUGAAACAUAACAAGCCAGCCAGAAAAGUACAUCUGAAACAAGCCGGCACUUCUGAAGCAGUCCCGCCAGCACAGAGCUUGUCACAAUUACAAAUGCCCAGCGACAGGGCCGUCGACUUGUAAUCUAAUCAAUUCAAAAGCUUUUUAGUCAUCACCGUUAUACAACCAAGCCCCCCAGGCAAUGGCAAAUGAUGACCCGCUUCGUCUUCUUUUGUCAACUUGGUCGGGAUCUUUUCUCUCCUGUGGCACAUACAGCAACUCUAAUCUUGCAAGCCGCUGCGAAAGAGUACUGGCUUUACCACAGAUAUAUUGAUUGGGUGAAUCCGUUUGUGCACCCAGACCCGCAUGAUGAAUUUAAGGAACAGAAACCGAGCCGCGAGAAAAGGUAUUAUGAGUGGUCGCAUGGCUUCCUCAUCCUCCAUUGAUUUACAACUUGUUACUUCCGAACCAAAACAAAUCAAAUUCGAAUGAUAAAAAAUAUAAGGUCCUCAAUAUUAAAGGUAGCUGGAUAUAAUCCCUAUCAUUUCUAACUAACUUGGCGCGACUCUGUGGCGA